AUGCUGCCUGGCAAUGUCACAAGCAAAACAAAAGCCUGCCAGGGCUCCCCUGUUGUCGACAGCGGUCCUGCACAAGUUGCUGACUUUUUUCCGAUCAAAAUAAUAAAAUCUGCCAACGAAGAGCAGCCUCCGUGCCCAAACCCCCCGAAAUUAUUUCUAUAUUACUAG